AUGCAGCAUGCAAGGCCAUAUAUAGCUGAUGUAGGUAUAGGACAUUUGGACCAUACAUUGGAUAGGAGGAUAGCCGUGGACUUAAGUUACCCCCACAUAAUAGAUGUAAUCACAUUCACAUCUCCCACACCAACACUAAUCCAUUUCAUAAGUCUAUUCAAACCUGGGCAUUGGAUUCACACCAUUGAACACUUGGCCGCCGCUCAGGAAUCCGAGUAUUUACAGAUACUUUCGACUAAAGCAUAUUAUAUCUCGUUAAUCAAGAGUAAAAACUCGUUUAUUUAAUAUAAUAAAAUCUGGCCUGAUAGAACACUGGAC